CAUAAGGAAUGACGUCAUGCAAUCUGAAUACGACUAUAUGAAGUUGUCCUCCACUGUGUCGUCUCUGGAGGUGUUCCGAAUGAAUGUUACCAGGAAUAAAUGCGACUUGUCUCAAAGAAUAGCGUUCACUGCUGGAGUGACGUCUGAUAGCAGCUCAUGGAACAGUGGCACCCUGGUGUACAAUAAAGUCAUCAACAACGUGGGAGGAGGAUAUAACCCGAGUACUGGAAUCUUCACCGCACCAGUAGAGGGAGAUUACGUGUUCUACGUCAGUAUUCAAAGUUACGGUAGUAAACAUAUAUUAAUAGAUAUUGUAUUAAAUGGAUCUAGUAAGGUCCGAGCAACUGCCUACUCCUACACCUCAAACGAAGCAGAAGAUGUUGGCACAAACCUUGUAACAUUACGACUACAGAAGAGGGACAAGGUAUGGGUAAAACAUUACAGUGGUACAGGUUAUGACACUUACACUGACGCACCUAGCGUUACGUUUUCUGGAUUUCUGAUUUGAAUUAUCAUUUAAGUUGACUCUAUUUAACAUAGAAAUUAUGACAUAACUGUAUUUAUCUACAAAUGUAUCAUUAUAGCUUUGUCAUUCA